CAAAGACAAAACCAAUAAAACACGAACAACAGUUUUGUUUUUCUGUUUGUGGGUCACUUUUUGGACCCAUCACCGCACGCUCUCUUCAUUGUUCCGCCCCUCAUCGUUCUCAUCACACAGAUUUCGGGAGUCAACCAUCAAAAUAUCAGCGAAAAUCAUCAGUCAGUCGUCUUGCUAGUCCUCCUAUCAGCAUUUGUUCUACUCUGUUUCCUCAUAUCGAAUCAAACAAUCAAUUCAGCAUGAAUACGCAAUCGAAGGUUUAUCGCACAGGCGAAGAGAUAUACGACAACUUGCCAUGCGAUGGUUAUUUCAAUAUAAAUGCCAUUCGCAAUCUGGGAAUUCCCACAACUUUUCCUACCAUUGGAACUUUUACGCUUGACUCCACUACUCUGGGCCUGCAGCCUCAACCGCAGCAGGGACCAUCGCCUCAGCAGCAGCAGUCCAUGCAUCACCUUCAACAGCAGCAGCAGCAGCAACAUCAACAACAACAGCAGCAGCAGCAGCAGCAACAGCAACAACAGCAGCAGCAGCAGCAACAACAACAUCAGCAACAGCUUCUCCAGCAGCAGCAGCAGCAACAGCAACAACAGCAGCAGCAACAACAACAUGCCAGCAUUGGAAUGUUCGAUUCGAAUGAAGUGCCCGAUGUACCACAGAUUGGGGUCUUCACAUCCAAUAGUGUGCUGACCAACGGGGCUGGCAGUUCAUCCUCAAUCUUUGGCUCGUCGAGCAGUUCAUCGGCCGCCGCAGCGGAUCCCAAUCAGACCACGCGGGAGACGGGUAUCAUUGAGAAGCUAUUGCACUCUUAUGGAUUCAUUCAGUGCUGCGAGCGUCAGGCCCGUCUGUUCUUUCACUUCUCGCAGUUUAGCGGCAACAUUGAUCACCUGAAGAUCGGCGAUCCCGUGGAGUUUGAGAUGACCUACGACCGUCGCACCGGCAAACCGAUCGCUAGUCAAGUAUCGAAGAUAGCCCCCGAGGUAGUGCUCUCCGAGGAGCGUGUCACCGGCACAGUGACCACCGAACUGCGCACGGACAGUGCCAACAAUGUCCUCAGCUCCAGCGAGACCACGGGCCGGAUCAGCUAUGAGAAUCGAGGCGAAUGUUUCUUUCUACCCUAUACCAAAGACGAUGUCGAGGGCAAUGUCAACUUGCGUGCUGGCGACAAGGUCAGCUUUCAAAUUGCAACGAACCAAAGAGGCAACCUGGGCGCCUGCCAUAUACGCCUGGAGAAUCCGGCCAUGCCGGUCAAGUAUCGUGGAGUGGUCUGCUCCAUGAAGGAGUCGUUUGGCUUCAUCGAACGCGCCGAUGUGGUCAAGGAGAUAUUCUUUCACUUCUCCGAGGCCGAGGGCAAUGUGGAGCUGCGUCCUGGCGACGAUGUCGAGUUCACCAUCCAGACCCGAAGCGGCCGUGAGUUUGCAUGCAACAUCACGCGCUUGCCCCCAGGUUCCGUAAUCUUUGAGGAUGUGGACAGCACCGUCUACAAGGGACAGGUCCUAAAGUCCCUCGAUCGCAACAAUCCCGUGCGCCAGAACAACGACCCGCUGCCGGGACGCAUUCGUUAUAGGGCGCUCGAUUACUCUGAGGUAGAAGUGCCUUUCGGGGACAAGGACCAGAAGGGUGACUUCACGCUACGGCACGGCGAUUGGGUGCAGUUCCUGCUGGCCACCGACAGGCGGGAUCAGCUGCAGCGUGCUACCUCCAUUGCCCUGCUGGACGAGACCUUUAAGGUGUCCGGCGAGAAGCGAGAACAAGGCACCAUUGCCUCGCUCAAGGAGGGCUUUGGCUUUCUGCGCUGCGUGGAGCGGCAAGUGCGUUUGUUUUUCCACUUUACCGAAGUGUUGGAUACGAGCCGCGAAAUCGAUGUCAACGAUGAGGUGGAGUUCACUGUCAUCCAGGAGCCAGGCUUGGCCUAUAACAACUCGCGUUUGCAGGCCAUACGCAUCAAGCAUUUGCCGCCCAACUCUGUAGAGUUCGAGACACUGAUGGCCAGCAAUAUUGAGGGCUGCGUGACACGUGAGGCGCCCAAGAGCCCUAUCAAAUCUCAAGAUCGCGUCGAGGGCGGUGUGAUUACCUACGAAAGUGGCGAUGUUAAAAAGACUAUAAUGUAUUUUCUUAAAGACUGCGAAAAACCACCAAGGAUUGGGGAGCGUGUACGCUUCGAUAUUUACAUGGUCAAACGUAACAAGGAGUAUAUAGCCGUCAAUGUACAGCAAAUUUCGCUGCAACAGCAACAGCUGCAGCAGCAGCAGGCGCAACAGCAAUUGAUCAGCCAACAAGCUGCUGCUCAGGCGGCGGCGAGCGCGAGCCUCACUCAAACCGAUCAGCUGCCACUUACGAAUGGCAUCAGUGGCAGCAGCUCGACUGCCUCGCUGCAGAAUGGCUACGUGAUGCACGGCAGCCCCGGGGGCAGCAUCAGCAGCGUGGGCAGUAGCAGCAAUCAGGCCAACCUGGACGACUUCAAGCUGGAGAACAACAAUCUGGCUGGCACCGAGGGGGGGCAGUUAUAUCGCGGCUUUAUAGCCGUGAUGAAGGAGAACUUUGGAUUCAUUGAGACCCUGUCCCACGACGAGGAGGUCUUCUUUCACUUUAGCAACUACCAGGGCAAUCCCAAUUGGCUCGAGCUCGGCCAGGAGGUCGAGUACACCCUGGCCCCCAAUGGCAACACCUCUGUUUCGGGCAAUUGCCUGCCAGCCGAGAAUGUCCGGAUGCUGCCCAAGAACUCCAUACCGCAGCCGUCGGUGCUGGAAACCGUGCACAAUGGAGUGGUGGCGCGUCCCCUGCGGUGCAUCAACCCCGACCAGCAGGAAUACGCCGGCCUCAUUGAGAUUCUCGACGAGCAACGCACCACAAUCAUCUCGCAGCACGAGUUCGGCAUCACCAGUCUGGUGAACAAGCGAGAUCUGUUGCAGAAGGGCGAUCUGGUCAGUUUCCGGAUCGAUGAGAGCGGUCGGGCCGCCGAUGUGAAUGCGGUGCGGCUGAAGAAGCGUGCCACAGUGGACUCCAUCAAGGGACAGUUUGGUUUUCUCAACUUUGAGGUGGAGGAUGGCAAGAAGCUAUUCUUCCACAUGUCCGAAGUACAGGGCAAUACGGUGGCCUUGCAUCCAGGCGAUACUGUGGAGUUUUCGGUGGUCACCAAUCAGCGCAAUGGGAAAUCUUCGGCUUGCAAUGUUGUGAAAAUAAACGAUCGUCCCGAUCGAUUGAUCUCGCGCCUCAAGCUCAACGGCGAUGACACGGUGCCCCGCCUGAUACUCAUUCGUGCACCCAAGGGGCCGCAGGGCAAGGGCUUCUCAGUACUAGCGCGUCAUCCACGCAUUCCAGGCAACUUGGUGGAGUAGAAAAAUUGUGACGUGAAAUGUUCCAAAGCCAGGGAUAUUAGAUGCAAAUCAAAGACAACUAAAACUACGACUACAACAACAUACAGCUAUAUACUUAUACACUUGAACGGAGCAUGCAACCAACUAAAAGCAACGUGAACUUGUCGUGAAUACUAACCAUAAAAAUACCACAAUACACCACACCACAACACACUUAUAUUGAAUAUAAUCAGUCCCUAGGAGCAAUCAAAAUCACUAUUGGAAGCGAUAAUAAUUGAUAAUACGCGUACACGUACAUAUAAUACUUAUUGAGGGUACGGCGGAGAACGAACCGCUGUGUGUCUGAAAAUGGAAACCAAUUUGUAAUAUUAAUAACACUCUAGCCCCUCCAAUCCAAACCCAUUGUAACGCGUUGUUUUCAAACUCAAACGAAAACUCAACUCAAAAGAAAAUCCGUGUUGUGGCUGAAAUGAAAUUGAAAUUCUGAAUGUGGUCUGAAAGAUGAGAUGUUGAUGAUAAUGAUAAUGAUGAUAUGAUGAAACAACCAAAACGUUUGUAUACGUAUACUAUUUUCAACUAGAUUGAUGUUUAAUUUUAAAAUUAUAAAAUGAAUCCAAAAAGCA